AUGUCUGAUAAUUAAUUUAAAUUCAAAUAUUAUCUCAACUUCAUGGAUAUUUAUUAACUAUUAAGUUUUGAUGGAUUCAACAACACCUUGGAGAUCAUUCUCAACAAAUUGGCCUGUUAGAAGUUGCAAUAGAUUCAAAACAAUCUAAAUAUUAUUUGCAUUAUUGGAUCUCAAAAGUCAGGCAAAAGUUGGUUAUUGAAUAAGUUGUUCAUGCAGGGUUAAGGUUUUCAAUCUAGCACCAAAGGAUUCUAUUUUACCUAUGAUGGUUAAUUGAUUAUCGAUACAGAGGGUUUGGGUUGCGGCGAUCAAAGAAAAGACAUCUAAAUCAUCUUACUUGCAUCUCUAUUAUCAAGUGUAGUAAUCUAUUGUGGUUAUUCAGUUGAAGAUUUCGAACUCAUGAUUAAUCUUGAAGAUUAUGAGGAUUUUCUACCUCCUUUUAUUUGGGUUUUGAGAGAUAUACAAAACAAGGAUGCACUCCAACCUAAAGAACUACUUGAAAGAUAGUUUAAAUCAUAAAAUAGAGUGAAGAAACACCUACUUAAGCUUUUCUCAGAUUGUGUUACUAUUCCAUCAUCAAGUGAAAGUAUAGAGUUCAUAGAUUCCAUGGCUUUGUUAAGGAGAAAAGUGUUAAAUUAUGCGAAACCCAAGAAAAUCUAUUAGAACAUUUAUUUGAAUGGUCCGCUUUUGGUCGAGAUGAUUUAAAUGGUAGUUACCAAAUUCAAUAGCAAUCAACCUGUUGAUUUACGACAAGUAACUGAAACAAUUGUAGACAGGCAAUCUACAGUGUUGUUAAAUGAAGCAUUUAAAAAAUAUGAAUAAUCAAUUACAUAACUCAAAUUGCCAACAUGUUCAUUUGAAGAAUUAAAGAACCACCAUAAGGAUUCAGAACUCAAAGCUUUGGAGUAUUUGAAAUCUAAAAUCAACGACAAAGAUUUAAAUGAUGAUUUACAUCAAAUGUGUAAAGAAACAUUCAAAGAGAUCUGUAAACGCAAUGAAUAAGAAGCAACCAAUUUAUGCAAUUAAUUUAUUAAUUAAGAAUUUUAAACCUUGCAAAAACGAUUAUCUGAAUAUAGAAGUAUCUUAGAAUUUGAGAGAGACAUCAAAUUAUUCUAUUAAUUUUUAUUGGAACAUGGCCCAAAAACUGUUUUAAAGCAACAAGUGUAUUAAGAAUUCUAUAAUAAAAUGAUGACAGAAGGUACAAACAUGUUCAUUAAACAAUAAAAUUAACAACAAUAACAACAACAAUAACAACCAUUAUAAAUAAAAAAUGAAAAUAUCAGCACAGAAAAGGAUAAAACAAUUAAUGAAUUGAUAUGUAAAGUUAAAGAACAAGAAAAUAAAGUUUAUUCAUAACAAUCAUAAAUUAAAUUAUUAGAGGAAUAGCUAUUUUCAUCAGAUAAAUAAUUAGAGAUAUUAUAAACUGAAUUAAUUAAGUAAAAGGAACUUCAUCAAUAGCAAUUUAAAUAAUUUGAGAGAAAUCUUUACCUAAAAGAAUCUGAAUUCAAUAAGAUGAAAGCACUCAACGAAUAAAAGAUACAACAUCUAACAAAACAAUUAGAACAGAGUUAAAGAAAAGAAACAUAAAUGGAUUCUUCAUUUCUCUCGACGAAAUCAGAGUAUACUAUUUAAAUUAGAGAUGUUUAAUCGAAAUAUGAGUAAAUGAUCACUUAAUUGCAAGAAAGACUAUUAGUAUAAACUGAUAAAACCUAGUAACUCCAAGAUCAAUUGAAUAAUCUAGAGUAAUAAAAUACUUAAGCUUAAUUUAAAUUACAAAGUAAGGACAGUAAAAUUUAUGAAUAUUAAUAAUAAAUCUAAUUAUUGAAGAAUUCGGUAGUUUAAUUGCCAUAGAUUGAUAAUUUAAAUUAUGAAGAAAACGAAAAAUAAAUAGUAAGGUUGAAAGAAAUUAUUGAAUCUUAAGAAACACAAUUGAAAGAGAAGACAUCCUAAUUGAUACAAUUAAAAUCUAGUUUGGAAAGAGAAUAAGCAUUGAUUGCUCAGGAGAAAUAGUUCUUAGAAAUAUAACUCAAGGACCUCUCUGAACAAUUGAAGCUAGAGAAGAAGAAUCAUGAAUAAACUUUAGGUUUAUUUGAAAGCUAAAACGAUGUGAAUAAAAGUUAAGUAUUCUCGAAACAAUAUAUGGAAAUGAAGGAUAUGCAUUUGAACGAAAUGAAAUAAUUAGAACAAGAAUUUGAAAUCUAAAGAAGAAAAAUGUAAUAAUAGAUUGAGUAUUUGAAUUCAGAAUUAAAUAAAACUGAGAGCUAAUUAUUAUAUUAAUAAAAUGAUUUUACUAGAGAAUUAUAAUAAACAAAAACUUAGAUUCUCAAUUAUGAGGAUAACAUUUAAAGAUUGAAUAGAGAAUUUAUGUUAUUAGAAUAGCAAAAGACUAGAAUUUAAAGAGAAUUGGAAGAGAAAUUGAUUUUGAAAACGAAGAAUCAACAACAAGAAAUCGAAGAAUUAAAAAGAUAAAAUUUGAAUGAGUAUAGAUUGUUAUAGAAUAAAAAUGAAGAAUAAAUUUCAUAGUUGAGAUGUAUGUAUGAAUUAGAGAGAUAAAAAAUUGAGUAAAAAUUUAUGGAAGAUAGAAAGACUAUGGAAGAAAAGUAUAAUCAAAUGGUUGAGGAGUUGGAAAGUCAAUUUGACAAUAAUUAAGAUGAGGAGAUUAAAAAAUUAUAGAAAAAGUUAAAAUAAAAUGAUUUGUAAAUGCAACAAUUAUCCUAGCAUUGGUAAAAUGAAAACGAUUUAAAAUAAAAAUAGAUUUUAAGUCUAGAGUAGGUGAACAAUUCUUUGAAAAUAUCUAUUUAACAAUUUUAGGAUGAAUAAUAGAAUCUAUAAAAGUAAUUACAAGACUUGCAUCAAAUCAAUUAAAUUAAGGAAGAGGAACUAAACACUUUAAAAUAAUAGGGAUAAUAUGAUUCAUUGAAUAAUAAUAAAUAAGAUUAAAUAGAAAAGAUUAAAUAAAAUAAUUCUCUAGAAAAAUAGAAACUCACUGAGUAAAUCAAUGAAUUAAAAAAAUAACUAGAAGAUGCAUAAGAUGAAAAUAUUAAAAUGAAAGUUGAAUAUGAAAAGCAGUUGGCUUUAAUAACCUAAGAAAAUGAAUUCAAUUCACACAAAGUAGAAUAACUAUAAACUCAAUUAUAAAACUAUCAACAAAAAAACUUUACAUAGUUAAUUAAAAUUGAAAGCAAUGUUGCUUAAUUAACUCUUGAAACUGACCUUAAAGAAUAGCAAUAGAAGUAUGAAAAGUUAAGACAAUAAUAUAAAGAAUAAGAAAUAAACAAUAAUAAAAUAGUAGUUGACUUAUAACAAUAAGUUGAAUAAUUAAAAACAUAAUUAUAAGAGGAAUAAAAUAAUUAACAAUAGAAAAACGUAAACCUUCCGACCCCUUAAAAUAUUGUGUCAUCGAACACUUAAGUAAUUAACUAAUUGAAGCAAUAAAAUGAAAAAUUGUAAAGUGAACUGUAGGAAUUUAAAUCCUUACAUGAACGAGAUACCUUACUUUGGGAAGGUAAAUUCAAAUUCUUGUAGUAAUAAAAGGAUUAAUCAAAAUAAGAUUUACAAGAGGCCAUGAAAAAGUUUGAAUUCACUAUUAAUCAUCUCUAAAAAGCCAGAUAAUAAGAUUUAGAGGAAGAGAGUAACUCUAUCUCUGAAAUGUUAGUAACUUUAGAAAAGAAGUAUUAGUUGUAAGUUUUAGAUCUUACGGAGCAUCAUUAAGCAAUUGUUAAUGAAUAUGCUAUGAAGAUUGAAUAGUUACAAAAAGAAAUAACAUUAAACAAUAUGUCAAAUUAAAAUUAUCAUAAGGGUGAUUAUAGUGAUAUCUCUUCACUCUACGAAAAUCAAAUUGAAUAAAUAAAAUUGUAAUAUGAAACCAAAAUUGAAGAGUUAUACUUAAAUCAUACUGAAGAGAGGUAGAUUUGGAGAGCCAAGCUGAGUGAAGCUGAAGAAAAAUUAAAGGAAGCUGAAAUCAGAAGAUCUAAUAUGGUGUUUGAGCAUGAGAAAGAAAGGGCAAAAUGGAAUAUUGAGAAGGAUGAAUUGAAAUAUCAGAAAAGUGAUUUGCAAGAAUAAUGUUAGAAUUUAGAAUAACAAAAGAAUAAGUCUGAUAAAAAGAAUAAGAAGGUUGGUACUAUAAGAACAAGAUUAAGUCCGAAUAAAUCUCCUGGAACAUUUUCUAAUGCUUCUAAAUUAGGACAGUCCUUUGAUACCUUCUAAUAAGCGAGUAUGGAACUACCAGAAGAAAACAAAUCGAUUCAUUUGAAUCCUGGGGAAUCAUUCGAAGCCUAUUAUUUAGCAUAAAAAAAGUUUGAUUGA